UCAUCUUUCUUCAUUAUUCUACACUCUCCUUUCAUUCAACCCACCAGAAAGUAUCAAACUCCUUAUCCACAUCAACAACAAUGGUAGGUUUCGAACUCGGUUCCGUCCCCUUCAAUCCCGACGGAUGGGGUCCACCGGAUUCCUCAAUCUCCGUUCCAAACCAAAUCUCCAACGCCCCAUUCGGUCCUUUCUCUCGCUCCGACAAACUGGGUCGGAUCGCUGACUGGACCCGUUCCCUCUCUAACCGACCCGGCUCCAACUCCAAACAAAACCCGACCGACGCCGCUUUCGAUUUCUCCGGUGAUGACUCAUUCGCUACACUCGCUGCCGAUGAAGACUCUUCUUUCCGUUUAGUCGACACGUCAGCUAAAUCACAUCAUCACGGUGGACCCCACCGCCCGAAAUUCAAUCCUAGGUGGCGGUUUAAUCCUCAUCAUAAUCGCUCUCAGUUGCCUCAACGGAGAGAUGAAGAAGUCGAAGCGAAAAAGAGAGAACAAGAGAAAGAAAGAGCGAGAAGAGAUCGGUUGUAUAAUCUUAAUAGGUCAGGUACUAAUGCUGGUCAAAGAAGAGAGUCUUCGGUUUUUAAGUCAUCUGUUGAUAUUCAACCUGAAUGGAAUAUGCUUGAUCAGAUACCUUUUUCGACCUUCUCGAAGCUUUCUUUCACUGUAUCAGAGCCUGAGGAUUUGCUGAUUUGUGGUGGGUUGGAGUUUUACGACAGGUCUUAUGAUAGGAUUUCACCGAAGAAUGAACGACGUUUGGAGAGGUUUAAGAAUAAGAAUUUCUUUAAAGUUACUACUACUGAUGAUCCUGUUAUUCGUCGUUUAGCUAAUGAGGAUAAAGCUACUGUUUUCGCAACCGAUACGAUUUUGUCUACUUUAAUGUGUGCUCCUAGGAGUGUUUAUUCGUGGGAUAUUGUUGUUCAGCGUGUUGGGAAUAAGUUGUUUUUCGAUAAGCGUGAUGGGUCGCAGCUGGAUUUGCUGUCCGUGCAUGAAACUUCACAAGAACCAUUGCCUGAUGUGAAGGAAGAUAUUAAUUCAGCUCAUUCGUUGAGUGUUGAGGCGGCUUAUAUUAAUCAGAAUUUCUCGCAACAGGUGUUGAUGAGAGAUGGGAAGAAGUUGAGUUAUGAUGAGCCAAACCCGUUUGCAACUGAAGGGGAAGAAGCGGCAUCGGUCGCUUAUCGAUACAGGAGGUGGAAGUUGGAUAACGAUACGUAUUUGGUUGCGCGAUGUGAAGUGCAGAGUGUAGCUGAAGUGAACAAUCAGAGAUCAUUCUUGACUUUGAAUGCGUUGAACGAGUUUGAUCCGAAGUACUCUGGGGUUGAUUGGAGGCUGAAGCUUGAGACACAAAGGGGUGCUGUGUUAGCUACCGAGUUAAAGAAUAACGCGAAUAAACUCGCAAAGUGGACUGCACAAUCACUGUUAGCUAAUGCUGAUAUGAUGAAGUUGGGUUACGUAUCGAGAGUUCAUCCUAGGGAUCAUUUUAACCAUGUGAUAUUAGCUGUUGUAGGAUACAAGCCUAAGGACUUUGCUACGCAAAUCAAUUUGAACACAUCAAACAUGUGGGGUAUUGUGAAGAGUAUUGUGGACUUGUGUAUGAAGUUGAGUGAAGGGAAAUAUGUGCUUGUUAAGGACCCAACUAAGCCACAGGUUAGAAUUUACGAGGUCCCGCCAGAUGCAUUUGAGAAUGAUUAUGUUGAGGAGCCAUUGCCAGAAGAUGAACAGGUUCAGCCUCCUACAGAGGAUGCACAAGGUGCAGAGGCAAAUGGGGCUGCAAAUGAAGUAGUAGAGGAAAAGGAGGUUACUACUGAAGCUGCUGCAUAAGGGUGGGUCUUCAUUGGGAAAAAGGACAUUUCAUGAUAAAAGUGGAAUUUGCAUUGGAGACUAUACAGGACUUCUUUUUGAGAGAUAAAUACAAGACUCGUGCUUGCUUUCAACUACUUCACCCCUAUUUAUGAAAAAAGAAGAAGUAGUCCUUAGUUACAUGAUUUAACAAGAAAUUACAACAAUGCCGAGAACUGUGAAAGAAACCAUCUCUAAUUUUGUCCUCUAUAUGCGCUACUUGCACCUUCUGACAAAUGUAAUCAUUCUGAUCGUAGCUAAUCUUGUAUGACCACACAUCCAUCUCGCAUCUCUGCAACACCCAUCUUGUGGAUAUUGGGCUUUAGAGGACAUGACAAGAAAUUGCUUCAAAGAGUUUUUACAAGACAAACCUAUAUGCAAUAAGAUGAACUUUUAAUACCUUUGCCCCUCUUAAAGAUGGACUUGUUGAUAUUUACAUUGAGGGACUUGUAGAUGCGCGUGUUAAAGCAAUGACCGAGGUUAGGAUGUAAUCCAUGACACAGGGCGCAUCUUCAUGUAGUCACUCAUGGGACAAUCAUGGGUUGCGACCUAUGAUUCAUGGGACAAUCUUAUUAUGCUGUGUUACGUCUGUAUAUUAGCAGCACCUAUAGAAGCUGUACUUUAGCUCUUUGUUCUACUGCAUGGGUAUGCAGUAUAUGCGUGCCAACUAGAAGAGUCAAAGAGUGUAGACAAAUGUACCCUAACAGAUGCUAAAAGAGCAGCUUAAUGUAAAGCAGAAUCAAUCUCCCUUCUUGAAGCUAGUUAUGGCAGUUCCUUGGAUCUGCUUUUAGUAGGAGUCUUGUGGAUCACUUCAUCUAUGCAUCCAUGUACAUGCUCCCCUUUUCCUUCCCUCAGGUUCUUGUGCAAUUUGAUUUUUAAAGUGGUUAUUGCUUGAGCCAAAUAGCUGCAGCGCUCAUUCGUAAGGUCUGUAGUGUUUACCUGUGGCCUUGUGGAAAAUUUGACAUAUUUGUAUCAAACAACAUGCGGUUCUCAAGUUUCUCGUUUCUGUGCCAUAUUUGAAUAAUGUGCCUUAGUUGAUUAAUGAGUGGUUGCAAUCAAUGGCUAUAUAAACCUUAUUAUUAGUGGUGGUUUAACCAUAUAAAUCCUCACUUCAGCUAAACCAUUCUUUGAGGGCAGACUCUUGUUUCUAUAAUGUAAUUUGGGAUUUCUACAAAGGAAGAUUGUAUAAAGAAUGCCAAUUUUCUUUCCUUGAUAAU